CUAUGACGUCAUAGCGUCACUUCGGCAUUUAUAGCGUUACUUUCAACCCGCCAUUUUGUCAAGAAAAUAAGCGGGCGAGGUGGACUUCAAAGUGUACACGUGCUGUAAAUAAGUGAAAAAGAAUCAAUCGAAAUACUACAAUUUAUACACAAUGGUGGCGCAAACGAAGGUGUUUGUGGGAAGUUUACCCCAGGGGUCUAAACCAGAGGAUCUCCGAAAAUUGUUUGAACGUUUUGGAGUUGUGACAGAAUGUGAUAUCAUGAAUAGAUGCGGAUUUGUUCACAUGCAAACUGAAGACCAGGCCGCUGCCGCUAUCCGGGCACUCAAUAAUACCACAUUCAAUGGCGGCGUUAUUACUGUUGAGCGUGGAAGGAUCAAGGAGCGAGGUCAGCGCGGUGGUGGCGGCCGUGGAGGAAUGCGAGGAGGCAUGAGGGGAUCUAUGGAUCGCAGAGGUGGAGGUCCGAUGCGCGGUGGACCUGGUGGACCCCGUGAUGCUCCCUAUCCUCACAUGCGCGAUUCACGGCCGAUGGGCCCCAUGCGCGGUUCUGAUAUGCGAGGACCUCCAAUGGGCGGAGGAGGUAUGCCCAUGAGAAAUGGAAUGGGCGGCGCUCCCUACGAUCGCAGCAUGGAGAGACCUCCCAUGGGUGGCGGGUACGAUGAUCGUUACAACGGCUAUGGAGGGGAAGAUCGUCGAGGCUUCGCGCUAAUGGACGGGCGAGGAACCCGCGACCAAUACGGUGCACCGCCACCGAUGUACCCUGACGACAGACGCGGAUACGGCGCCCCAGUAGACGAUAUGGCGGCCAUGUACCCAGAUGACAGACGGGCUCCUAUGUACCCUGACGAAAGGGACAUGAUGGACAGAAGGGCACCGAUGCGUGGUGGGCCAAUGCCAAUGUCUUCCGGCUAUGAUAGAGCACCUCCCAGAGCUGCCCCUAUGGGCAACGGAGACAUGUACAGCAGAAGGACACCACCUCCCAUGCGUGGAGCAGCUGGUGCUGGUGGUGGCUAUGACAGAGAUCCCUACGCACAACAGUACCCUCCCAUGGGACGCGGCGGCGGGGCGGCGCGCGCGCGGGACGGGCGGCGCCGCUACUAGCGGCCCGUCCCCGCGGCGCCCGUAGGUCGGCCCGCGCCGAUACCGCGCCCGUACCGCACCGGCGGCGCACGCGUACUUUGUAUUGUUAGCGGUAAGACGGCCCUCUUUGUAAGCUUCGACAUAAGUAGUUACAUUCGUGGGAAUUGUACGAUUUUAUUGAAUGAGUAAAUGAUAAAUAAAUUGACGGAAUUUCUUUUUUUAUUGUAUUUUGAUCAGAUCGUUGUUGUGACAUAUCCGAGCGAUUCGAUAGAUAUGAAUGAUUGCGUUUAAUUCAUAAGUCUCUAAAUGUAAUAGGUGAUUAAGAUGUAUUAUAUUUUACUUUUAGAUUAAAUUCCUUUUUUGGAA